AUGCAUAUCCAUAAAUCCACCAAGUAUAUGAAGGAUGUCACCUUACAGAAGCAAUGUGUACCAUUCAGGAGUUACAAUGGUGGAGUUGGUAGGUGUACCCAGGCCAAACAGUGCGGUUGGACACAGGAUUGGUGGCCCAAAAAGAGUGCUGAAUUUUUGCUGCACAUGCUUAAAAAUGCAGAGAAUAAAGCUGAACUUAACAGUUUAGAUGUAGAUUGUCUGGUCAUUGAACAUAUCCAGGUGAACAAAGCACCCAAGAUGCGCCUCCGUACUUACAGAGCUCAUGGUCGAAUUAACCCAUACAUAAGCUCCCCCUGCCACAUCGAGAUGAUCCUUACUGAAAAGGAACAAAUUUGGGGAACUGAAAAGUUCCCAAACCAGAAAAGGAGGUUGCACAGAAGAAAAAGAAAUCCCAGAAGAAAUUGA